AUGAAGCCGCACCAGGCGAUGGUAGCAACUGCGCUAGUGCUCGGUAUAGCGACCAGGCGCGGUGCAGCAACAGGCGGCAACGGCAUCUCAGCAGCGGCGUGGAAGCCCCUUUGCGACAUUUCAGCGACGCUGGCAGGCCUGACUCAGAAAGUACGAGCCGACGUCAGUAGCAAGCUCGACCAGUUACAUAACCAAGCGGUGGCCGACUUAAAGUUGCGCAUAUACGUAGCCAGGCAGCCGGCGCAACAAGCACUGGAGCUCUUUCCAAUUCUGCUAGCUCAAGACGAACUACAAGGGACCUCUAUCGCGGACCUUAAAGAUGGCGUAGACAAGGCAAUCAAGUCAACUGCGCACUCAAAUUUCCUUCACGGCGGAAUAACUGAAUUUCUAACAAUAGCAGCACAAGCUCAUUCGUCCAGCGGUACGCACGGCUGUCUUAUAGAGGCCGGGACGGGCGACGCAACCCAAGGGGCGGCCAACCUCGGGCAAUGCAAGCUGGCUGUUACGGAAGGAGCGACAGAACCGCCCCAAGACUACGGCCACACGCCAGAAGCGCUUUUCAAAGCCGCUAGAAUAACCGGCGCCGCCGGCGGCCACACAGACGCUAGCAAAAACUGCGCCCUAACGAAAGGGCAAACCGGCGGCGGCGGUAUCACCAACGGCGGACAGACAGCCGCGGCCGUACCUUACGCCGGGGGUUUCUUUGAACUGCCGCCAAACGGCGCCGACCUUUCAACCAAAGACCUACAAACCUUCGACAAACAGGCAACCUCAAACACACCGGUGCUUUACUUUAACGCCAGAAAGGCACUGGCUGAACACCUGCAGAGCAGAAUGCUACAGCUCAGCACGCAAGAAAAAACAGAAAUUAGCAACUUGAAAAGAAGUAAGCGAACGAAAGCCGCAGUGCACGACAGCCUGCUCAACAACACCGACGACUACAGCGACGUCAGCCACAAAACUGCAGCGGAAAACACAAUUACCAAUACGUACGGCGCAACGAAAAAACAUGACCUAGCCAAAUUGUGGGCCACAAUUGACAGCAACUCAAUACCCAAUAGCCUAUUCACAGACCAAAAAGACGGAAACACAGAACUCGGUAAGAUAAAAGAGCUUAGGCAACUAAACCUAAUAUUAACGCACUAUGAGAGACAAAGAGUUCAGGAGCUAGCUGCGAAGGGCAAGGAAUUACAAAAGGCAACGGAAAAUUCUAAGUGCAAAGUUCCAAGUGUGCAAGACAAGGAGAAAGUUUGCAAUGCAGCAGGAGAUGACCAAGAAGCAUGCGAAAAACUAAAGGAUAAGGAGUGCGUUUUCAACAAAGAUGGCGAGAAGGACAAAAAGUGUACAUUGAUCAAGGAAAGAAAACAAGCACUAGAAAAAGCAAACCAAGAAGAUAAAGAUGGAAAAACAAACAACACAGGAAGCAAUUUUCUUUUAAUUAAUAAUGCCCCUUUUUUGCUUGCAUUUUUUAUUAUAGUAUAA